GCCGCUCGUCGCCAUGGUGACGGACGAGGAGGAGGGCACGGUGACGGUGGUGGUGCGGGUGCGGCCCCCCACCCCGCGGGAGCUGGAGGGCCGGCGGCGGCCGGUGGUGCAGGUGGCGGACGGGCGGGUGCUGGUGUUUGACCCCGAGGGGCCCGAGGCCGGUCUCCCCGGCCCGUGGGGGGCGGGCGGCCAGGACGGCCCCCGGAGGAAGGGCAAGGACCUGCGCUUCGUCUUCGACCGGGUCUUCGGGGAGGCGGCCACGCAGCAGGAGGUGUUCCAGCACACCACCCGCGACAUCCUGGACGGGGUCCUCCGCGGACACAACUGCUCGGUGUUUGCCUACGGUGCCACGGGGGCGGGGAAGACGCACACCAUGCUGGGCAGCGAAGCCGACCCCGGCAUCAUGUACCUGACCACGAGGGAGCUCUACCGCCGACUCGACGACUGCAGGGAGGAGAAGCCCAGCCAGGUGCUCGUCAGCUACCAGGAGGUGUACAACGAGCAGAUCCAUGACCUCCUGGAGCCCAAGGGGCCCCUGGCCAUCCGCGAGGACCCAGACAAGGGGGUGGUGGUCCAGGGUCUGUCCUACCAUCAGCCGGCCUCGGCCGAACAGCUCCUGGAGAUGUUGGCCCGCGGCAACCGUCAACGUACCCAGCACCCGACCGACGCCAACGCCACCUCGUCCCGCUCUCACGCCGUCUUCCAGAUCUACAUGAGGCAGCAGGCCCAAGGGGCGGGCGGAGGUCAGGUCCUGCAGCUGGCCAAGAUGAGCCUCAUCGACCUGGCCGGGUCGGAGCGGGCGUCCCACACCCGCGCCAGGGGGCAGCGACUGCGCGAGGGCGCCAACAUCAACCGCUCGCUGCUGGCCCUCAUCAACGUCCUCAACGCCCUGGCUGACUCCAAGGGUCGCAAGUCCCACGUGCCCUAUCGGGACAGCAAGCUGACGCGCCUGCUGAAGGACUCCAUCGGCGGGAACUGCCGCACCGUCAUGAUCGCCGCCGUCAGCCCCUCGGCCCUGGCCUACGAGGACACCUACAACACCCUCAAGUACGCCGACCGCGCCAAGGAGAUCAAGUUCUCGCUGAAGGGCAACGUCAUCAGCCUGGACGGCCCCGCGGGCCAGUACGCCGCCGCCUGUGAGCAGCUGAAGGCCGAGGUGGCCGCCCUAAGGGAGAAGCUCCGGGCCUACGAGGGUAUCCCGGCUCCGGCCCCCUGCCUCCCUGCCGGUUCCACGCAGAUCUGCCUCCCGGCCUCCUCACCGUCUCCCAUCCCUGCCGGUCCCGGGACCCCUGACUCUUCUCGGCACCCCCAGCCCAACCCCGCAGCCCCCCGGGAGGAGGAGGGGGAGACGGAGCCCCAGCCGGAGGGAGACGCAGAGGGGACCGGUCUCUCGGGACCCCAGGCCUCGGUCAGAACGGAGGAUGAAGACGCCGGAGAGCAGGACCAGGCACCAGGGCCCGGCCCCAUCUCCCCGCUGACCAGGCCUCCGGAACCGGCGGCGGAAAACCCCGUGUCCCCGCGGCCCUCGGGUGCUGACCGGACCAGGAGGCUGGCCCAGACGGUGCUGCGCCUGGCCCGGAGGCAGUACGCCCUGCUGAAGGCGGCCGAACUCCUGACCCCCGACGUGAUCUCCGAGUUUGCGGCCCUGCGGAGGCUGGUGCGGGAGGAGAAGACGGUGCCGUGGGGGGAGGAGGACGAGGAGGAGGAGGAACGGGACGGCAACGCCGACCCGUCCCAGGAGGGGCUCCCGGAAAUUGGAGAGGACCUGCGGCCGGCCCCUUCCCAGGAGAACCCCACCGCCUCCGGACACCCCGGCCCCGUGACGCGGACCGCGGCCCGGCAGCUGGGCGGCCUCCCGUCCACCCCCGGCCCCUCGCCCGCCGACCCCUGCCCGCCCCGGAAGAAGAGGAGGUGGCAGUCGGGGCCGAGCCCCCCAGAGCGGACGAGAGCCCCCGCUCCCACGCGGCAGGCCAAACGGCAACGUCAAUCCCUCCUGCCCUGUCUGGGGCGGGGGCCCCUGCCCCGCCCGGCGCCCGCCGCGGAGCACUGCCUGGCUACCAGCACCCCCGUGGGCAAGGCUAACCCGCCUCACUGCUCCCUCCGCAUCUGCCCUGCCACCGUCACCAAGACCCGGCCGCCCCUGGGGCCGUCCGCCGCCCAAAACUGCUCCGUCCCCUGGGCCCUGCCCUGCCAAGACCUCAACGCCACCUUCGACCUCCCCGAGGGUGGCCGCGUGCCCGCCCCGGCCUCCGCCUGCAAGCCGUGCGCCCCCGAGUUCCCCGGCUGGGAGAACGUGCCCCGAAACCAGGACCGGCUGGGCGGUCCCUUCAUCCCCAGGGGACCCGUGGCCGUGUUCACCACCAAGGGCCCCUCGGCGCCCCCGGGACGCCCCCCCCGGACUGGGCCCGUCCCUCUCCAGCGCUGCCUCUCGGAGGAGGAGACGCUCGGUCAGCGCGUCCGCCGCCCGCUCCUCACGCGGCCCCGGCGGCCAGAGCCGCAUCGCCCGCCUGCACGCCAGCACCGCUAAGCCGGCCCGACCCCCGCCCGUUCCAGAGCACGCUGCUGCGUCCAGCUGGCCACCGCAGAUGGGUAAGGGGCUAGAACUCCUCGCCGGCCGCAGAUCCAGCCCUGCCACCGCCCCGGCUCGCCCCCUCCUCUCCUGACCAACCCCGCUCUUCUCCCGCCUGAAAGCCGUCUCUCCUCUCCCCUUCUUUUUCCACCACCCCCCUCCCAGCUAACUGUCAGGCUUGGACCCCCCUCACCAGCUCCAGUUUUCUCCCCGCCUGCUUUCAUACUCAAACCCCGCUGCCCAAUUUCUGCUGGGCCUCGCUCUUCUUCUGGGGCGAACCCGUGUCCCUGAAUAAAGCGGCCGACGAGACGGAAAAGUA